UUGAUUAGUGUGUGCUCGUCAUUGCCUCUUCUCAUUUGGUCGUCUUCCUCCUCCGUCCUCACUCUGCUCACAUGCAUCUCUCCUCCGUCCUCACUCUCCUCCGUCCUCACUCCGCGCGUCCCAAUCUCCAACCCCGCAUCCCAAAUCCCAACCCCACCCCGACACAGAUCCUCUCCCCUCAUCCCGAUUCCACCGUCAAAAUCCAUCCUUGCGCUGUCUUAAGAGCCGGAUUCGAGGUAAAGGCCCAAUUUGGGCGUCACAAAUCCUCGUGUUCUUGGAGGAAGGAAGGCAGACUGCGUUUUUCUCUCUUUUUUCUUCUGCCUCGAUUGGAGGGAUUGAGGGUGGGGUGUGGGAGUGGGGCGUUGAUGGUGGCAAGGAUGUGGUCAUGGCCGCCACCGGCGAGGAAGUUCCGGGUACGACUGGUGGUGCGGCGGGCGGAUGGGCUGGCGCCUCCGCCGGCGAGCUCUUCAUCGCCGGGGGCAUCACCGGAGGCGGCGGCGACGAAGGUGGCGGUGGAGGUACGGUGGAAGGGGCCCAGGGCGUCGCCGCUGGGGUCGCUGCGACGGGUGAUGCACAGCAACCGCAUGCGGCUGGUGGCGCCGGCCGCUGCCGUGGCGUGGAAGGAGUUCGAGAGGGUGGAGACGUUCACGGCGACGUCGCACCGCAAGGCCACCGCCUCCUUCUACCCAUGGGACCUCGCCUUCUCCGUCUCCAAUGAUUCAAAUAAAGGGCCAAAAGGUGAAUUGGUUAUGGGAACAGUUUCAGUAAACCUAGCAGAGUACACAUCUUCAGCUGAAGAGGUUGAGAUAAUCCUUCCGUUGUCAGUGCCAAAUGGUGCAUCUGAGUCUUCCCCUUCACUUCAUGUGGUUUUCCUGAAGAGCAUGGAACAAUCAGCCGGCCUAACCAAGGAAUAUCUGUAUUUCAGCAGUGAGUACACAUCAACUUACAUCAAGCCACACCUCCUCGGCAAAAAGACAACAAUCACAGCUAGCACGCUUGGAACAACCCCCUCAAGCAUGACAAUCACCAUGUCAACCGACGACCGCUGCAACAUCACAGCUGGGUGGACCAAGUUUGUCACACAGUCUGUGCUUUCUACUUCAGCACCAAGAAUGGCCAUGUACAUGCAACCAUUCAUAUCCUUUGAAUGCACCCUAGAUGAAGAAAAAACUCCUCUUUUGCCUCUAUGCCAGCUAACCUGUUGCUAUAACCUAGCAACCCAGUUAUAUGUAAUUACCACCAUGAACCAUGAAUCACCAGACAUUACGAACCAACUUUAUCCAUGUAUGACUGCGUAAUGCAGCCAUCUAUUUCACAUGCAUUUACU